AUGUAUAAUAAAUAGUUGUAACAAGAAGUAAUAGUAAUAGCAUAGGAAUUAACUGUUAUAAGUUAUUCAUUUUCUGGUCAUUUAAGAACAUUUUGCACUUCUUUAACAAAAAUGUUGAAAAAUAAUCUGUUUCUAAAAAAAGGUGAAUGGAUUUACUGUUUAUUAAGUGUACUGUGUGUGCUAGCAAUAUUUGCUAUAGUAAAGGUAAUUAUUGUUGGUCCAAAUGAAUUUAUUGAUGAAUGUCUGGAACUUUUUGGUGGUGGCACAAAAGAAACUUGGGUGUUCCUGGUUGCUGGAUCAAAAGGCUGGGAUAAUUAUAGACAUCAGGCUGAUGUUUCACAUGCAUAUCAAACAUUGUUGAAUAAUGGUAUACCAGUUAAUCGUAUAAUUGUAAUGAUGACAGAUGAUGUAGCCUUCAAUAUUAAAAACCCAUAUCAAGGUGAAUUAUUUAAUCAUCCUAAUGGCUCAGACGUUUAUCAAGGCGUACAAGUUGACUAUAAAGGUGAGAAUGUAAGCAGUGAACAUUUUUUGAAUAUUUUAAAUGGAAAUAAGACAGCUAUGAUAAACUUUGGAUCAGGUCGUGUAAUUGAAAGUAAACAUAGAGAUAAUAUUUUUGUGUACUUUGUUGGUCAUGGAACAACUGGCAUAUUAGCAUUUCCAGAAACUUACUUAUAUGCUGAUGAACUAAACAAUGCAUUACAAUCAAUGUACAUUGAUCAUAAAUUUUAUAGUAUGCUCUUGUAUAUAGAAUCAUGUAGAGCAGGUUCUUUAUUUGAUGGCAUAUUAAGUGAAUCUAACAAUAUAUUUGCUGUAACUGCUGCUGGACCUAGAGAAAGUUCAUGGUCAAUAUAUUGCAUUGGAGAAAAUGAAAUACCUGAUGUUUGCUUAGGUGAUGAAUUCAGUUGUACAUGGAUUGAAGAUCAAGCAAAUUUCGGUAAAUUAUAUCCAUUACAAGUGAAUGAAUUAGUUGAAAAAAGAACAGUUCUCAAUCAUUUUAAUUAUAUCAGAAAUUCAGUUAAACUAAGUAAUGUGAUGCCCUAUGGAGACUUUAGUGUCGGCCAAAAUAAAUUAUCAGCAUAUAUUGGCAAAUCACCCGAAGUAUUUUCAAAAUAUCCUAAUCAUAAAAGUGGUGUUUUAUCAUUUAAUAAACCUAAUAAUACAAUUAAGUCAAGUUUUAGAUUUUUUAAAAAUAAUACACCCAAACCAUAUCAGAUAAAAGAACUAUAUAAUGGAAAAAAUAAUACUAUGAAACAAAGCACCAUUUACAAUAGUAUCAUGAGAAAAAUUAUGGACAGAGUAUUCAAUACAAUUCUGCAAAAUGUUAUGAAACAAUUACCACAAUUUAUUGGACAUGUUGAUGAGCUUAAAGAAUUUCCUAGUAAUUUACCAUUAAAUGUAUUUCCAUGUUACAGACAAACUUUGGAUUGCAUUACAACAAACUGUUUUUCCUUACCCAAGAAUAUAUACUCACUUAAUGAAGUGCACGUAUUUUUCAAUCUAUGUACAAAAGUUAUAGAGAAUGAAUGGAAAUCCAAAGAAUUUUAUGCUAUGUUUGAACAAGUUGUGCAUAAUAUCUGCUCAAAAAAUGCAUCAAUGUUUUCAAAUUUACUUAAAAUAAUUGAUAUUUAUUAAAAUUGUUUUUGUCAAAACUUAAUAUUAAACCAUAAUACAUUGAGAUAGUAUGAGAAUUAGAUUUUUAUUUUAAAUGUACACA